UCCGGUUGUGUUGGUGUAGGCAGUCAGAAACAUACGUGUGUCAUCAGUUAUUUGCGGAAUUAACCAUGGCCAGGUUCAAGUGGAAAUCUCUUCUUAUUAUGUGUGUUUUUUCUAUUGGCGUCUUUAUAUCAUGGAAAUUUGUUGGAACAGAAUCAGUCUACAUCUCACCAGAUAAUGGUAAGAAGAAAUUAAUUUUACAGUGGACAAGGCUCUUCCAUCAUAAUUUCUGGCUACAUGAUGAUAUUUUCAAACAUUGCCCUGUCUCAAGCUGCAGAGUUACCACGGAUAAAAAACAACUGAAUAGAAGUGACGUUGUGGUAUUUCAUCCCAGAAAUAUGCACGAACACCCAUUACCGUCACAAAAAUGGAAAUUUCAAAGGUGGUUGCUAUUUAGCUUGGAGCCACCUUAUUUGAAUGGCAUACUGCCACAAAAGUAUAACAAUCUUUUCAAUUGGACAAUGACUUACAGAGAGGAUUCGGAUUUUGUAUAUUCUUACAAUGAGGUCAAACGUCUCUCGGAAAAAGACACCUUUUCUUACGUUAACAUUACGCUCAAAACAAAACUAGCUGUGGCACGGAGUUCUAACUGUUUUCCUACCAACAAGCGUCUUGAGUAUAUCCAAGAACUUCAAAAGUCAGUGCAUGUAGAUUUCUUCGGAAAAUGUGCAGGAAGCGUGUGCUCGGAGCACGAAUGUAAUGACGCGGGUAUGAAGAAAUACAAAUUCUAUCUUGCGUUUGAAAAUGGUAACUGUCGGAAUUACAUCUCUGAGAAAUUCUGGAACGCCUUGUUGACAUUUGAAGCUGUGCCAGUUGUAAUGGGGGGAUCGUCGCCACGUGAUUACAUACUAGUAGCGCCCCCUGGCUCUUACAUAAACACGGCUGACUUUUCUUCCCCCAAGGAGUUAGCUGCUUACCUGGUUAAGUUAGAUAAAGACGACCAGCUAUACAUGGAGUAUCACAAUUGGAGGAAGAACUACACUGUGGCAUUGCGUGAUGUGCACACAAAUGGAAAGUGGAAGAGCAUCCUUCCACCCCAUCCAGCUUGGUGCGAUUUGUGUGGAGCUCUCCAUAAUUCGUCUUCACCUCCCCAAGUCUACACCGACUUAGAAGCUUGGUAUUCACAAGAUACAUGUCCUUAUGACCACCAAAAUGUAUUCUGUACAGCGUGGAAUCAUUGUUGUUUUAGGAAGAAACCCAGUGAUAUUUUCACAUGUUUUUGACUAUAAUUAGCUGCUAAUGUGUUGUGGUCAUUGCAUUUGUACGAAGCUACUGCUUUCUUAAACUUUAUUUUAUUUGAUCUUGACCUUGAGUAUAUUUAAAGUGGUAUAACUUACAAAUAAAUACCACACAGUAUUAUAUGGAAUGAGCCCAUAACGGAUGUUCUGGCUAUAUUCCUAUGAUGAGAGAAAAGGUCCGUGUACGUGUGGGGAUGUGCUUUAUAAUGUUACACAGACUACCAAAAAAACAACUGAAUUCCCUACUAUUAGGAAAGGAAUUUAAAUUUACAGCCAUCAAGGCCAAAUAUUUAGCACACAAAUUUUGUAACCUACCCAUAUAAUUAGGGAGGAAUUAAGGGCUAUAAUUAAGGGCUACAAGGAUCGAGGUACUUAAUUUCAGCACUUUGCACGUAAUUACUUAUAGUUGCUGUUGCACUGGAAUCUGCUAGUUUGUUACAUUUAAACUUCUAAAUCAUGCCCUUAGGCAAGAUACUUAAGCAAAUUUUGUUCUCCCUAGAUUUGAAAGUCAGUCUUGGUUUAGUCUUCAAACACAUAUCAAGGAACUUGUCAUAGGAUAGAUGGUACUGCUUAUAUUUUCAAGCUUUUGUUGUUCGCCUACACUUAGUAUUAGAUGUAUGUGUUUGUAACUGUGUGACUCUCUGUAACUGUGCUGGCAUUUUGUUGUCUUUCCGUGUUUUUUUACCGUGGAUGUGUCACUAUUGAUAGUUUUCAAGUUCAAGUGAGCUGCCAUCUGAGCAUUUGAGAUGUGGUUUUCAAUUGUUUGAAGUUUAUUUUUUCAUAAAGCAUGUGUACCACUGGUUAAUGUUGCCUGAAAUAGCAGCGUAAUGUCAAUUUCUGAUGUCAUGAUGCAUUCAAGGAUUACUUUCCUAAAAAAUGUGGAAUAGUUUGUGAUAUGCUUUAAGUAUUUUAUCAUAAGCAAAUUUAUUUUUUCAGGGAGGUUUUUGUGUGCUAAUUGUAGGAACAAAUUUAGGCCGUAGGGCACAGAUUGUGAAUCCGAUUAUUGCUGCUACUCCACACACAUUACUACAUGUUUGCAGAGGAUUAUAUGGGGCACAUUUUCCAGACAUGCAUUCAUAAUUGUAGUGUGUGUUCGAACAUGUUUGAUCAUGACACAUAGCUAUUUCUAGUGUAUCCAGUUGUAUUCCACUUUUAACAAUCCCUUUUUAAACAGAUUCAAAAAAUUUGCAGGAAUUUCUAUGCCUAAAGAAUCUGCAUAUACCACUUUGUUUUGUUGUGGGAAGUAGGUCAAAAAUACAAAAAGAUUACCGCUUUGAUUGUGUGUUGUUUUGCCACACAAAUCACGUUUUACCAAAAAGCUAUAAAUUAAUCCGGCAUUUGGGGAGGAAUAUUUUGACUUCAGCUCAAGCGAUUGACUGACUUCAAUUGGGAGAGAUUCACACAGUCGCCAAAUGAACAUACGAACAUAUUACAUCGUUACAUUGUGUAUUUAUUCUGCCUGUUGUGUGGCUAAUUAGGAAAUCUGACAUCCAAGAUUCACCCGUGAGUGUAGCCAGAUCCUCAGCAUAGAUUGAACGAUUGUUUAUGCUAAAUAAUUUCUUCUCUGGUGAAUUUGAAAGAAUACAAAUUCAUUUAACAUUUAACGGCUUCUGACAGAGGUUUUUGAGUAUUAAUUUUCCGAAAAGAACUGCAUGUUAUCCAAGCCUUGUAGCUUGCCAUAGAUUGCUUUGUACAUUAUUUUUAAUUUUAUGCAGGUAGGCCUACAUGAUAUCAGAUGUACCAGCU